UGUCUCAUUGUUCUAUCUCUGUGUAGCAGCUGCUAUCUGGAACGAAGCAAAGCAGCCCCGGCUUUUUAGACUGGGAAUCAGCUGGCUAGCUAAUGGCUAUGCUUCAAUCAGAAUGAUAUCGCAGCGGGAACGAGGAGAACUUGCACGUUUUUAUACUGUUACGGACCCUAAAAAGCACAAGAAAGGCUAUACAGUGUACAAAGUCACUGCAAGGAUCAUCUCCAGAAAGAACCCGGAGGACGUCCAAGAGAUCACGGUGUGGAAGAGGUACAGUGAUUUCCGGAAACUUCAUCACGACCUCUGGCAGCUACACAGGAAUCUCUUCAGUCAAUCAGAGCUCUUCCCACCCUUCGCCAAGGCCAAAGUGUUUGGACGUUUUGAUGAGACGGUGAUUGAGGAGAGGAGGCAGUGCUCAGAAGAUCUGCUCCAGUUCUCUGCUAACAUCCCAGCCCUCUACAGCAGCCAGCACAUCCAGGACUUCUUCAAGGGAGGGGAGGUCAGCGACGGCUCAGAGCUUAUUGGACCGGCUGAACCCUUCUUGGACUUCCUGGCUGACAGCCUAUCAGACUGCGGCUCUGAAGUUCAGAGGGAUCUCGGUGGAGCAGAUGAUUUGACCAUUACCAGUCAGUCUGAAUAUGGAGGUCUGUCCAGUGACAGUGACCUGACCUCCCUGGCCAUAGACAUAGACUCUUUGGCCGAGCUGGACGAUGGCAUGGCCUCAGGCCGUAGCUCGCCCAACCAGCCACUGGGAGGCUCCAGCACCAUCACAAGUACCCACAGCAGCCCCUCUCUGCCCCCCCUGUAUGACUACCAGCAGCACCGCCAUCAGCAGCACACCUCGAAUCCAGCCCCCUGCUCCCCAGCCCCAGAGGUCAGCCGAACCAGCAGGACAGCGCUGUUCCCCUCCAGUCUGAGGAGAGGUAACGCUAAGGAAACCAAGAGAGACUACCUGGACAGGGCUAGUGAACACAUCCGAUUGGCUGUGCAGAAGGAAGCGGAGCAGGACUACCAAUCAGCGUUCUCCUACUACAGGAGCGGGGUGGAUUUGCUUCUGCAAGGGGUGCAAGGCGAGCCCAGCCCUACGAGGCGGGAGGCUGUGAAGAGAAGGACGGCUGAGUAUCUGAUGCGUGCUGAGCAGAUAUCCAAUCAGCAUCUGAGAAACAGCAUGGGUCAAGGGUCAACACAGACCGUGGCCAUGGGGGCGCAAUGCUCUCCCGCCACCUGCAGAGGGGGUCAACAGAGUCCAGCCGAGGAGCUCAGGGCCUACAUGGUGCUGGGGGUCAUCGAUAAGGUUCUUCUGGUUAUGGAUAAGAGAACCCAGGAGACCUUUAUUUUGAAAGGCUUGAGGAAGAGCAGUGACUGUGGGAGACCCAAGCGGACCAUCAUGCCUCACUCUGUGCCCCACAUGGUGCGGCUGAGGAAGUUCAUUGUCUCAGAGGACACUGUGUUUCUUCUGCUACAUUACGCUGAGGGUGGGAAGCUAUGGUCUCACAUUGGGAAGUUCCUGCGUAACUCCAGCCCGGAGGACAGCUUCGACAUUCCCUUCAUUCAGAAAAGCCACACCACGGCAGUCCACUCUGUCCAACAUGCUGCUCCCAAGCUGGGCUUGGACUCUGGCAGCUUUGGGACUGGGCCUGGAUGUGUGCUCCAGAGGCAAGGGGAGUCUUCUCUUGUCCUCCCCCAGAAGAGUGCUCUGCCUCUUGGGCUGGCUGACCGCCUUAGGCCCCAGUUGGACUCUGGAGUGACCUCUGAGUUAGAGGAGUGCACCGACAGUUAUCUGAAUCUCUGUAAUGAGUACGAGCAAGAAAAGGUAGAACCAGAAGCUCUAGGAGAGGAGGAGGAGGAGGAGGAGGAGGAGGACAAGGAGGGAGAGGUGUGUGUGUCGAGAGGACAGGAAGCAUCGUCGCUGGAUGUCACCAUCACCACGACAACCACUUCCUCCAGGACUCGCUCACUGCUUAGCAACGACAGCCUCUGCUCUCCAAUCAGCGCCCAGGAGCUGCGUUUCUUUACUGAGACGGCCGUGGAUCACAACAACGGGCGUUGCCAGGACAUCGGGCAGAACCACGGCGAGGUGUUCAGCCCCUUGCUCUCCCCCGCCGUUCCCCUCUCGUUGGACCAGUCCAAACGCACCCCCAUGGAGUUCUUCCGCAUCGAUAGUAAGGACAGUGCUAGCGAGAUGACGUGGUGUCCUGACUCAGCCGAGCUGAGGCCCAAACCAGACCCUUCCAAGCCGCUCCCCUUCCUGGCCACCUCUGACCUGGGCUCUGAAGUCACAGACCUGUCGGACUUAGUGGAGGAGGUGAAAGGUCAUGGAGGUGGGUCUGACCGGUGGGGUCUGGAUGGUAGUGACCAGGGCUCUAAUGAGUCGGUACCAGUCAUCUCCUUUAAAGAGGCAGUGGUGGAGGACGAGGGUCGACCCCCUGACCUCCUGGUCAACCUGCCUGGGGUCAUUGGUGGGGAGGGGUUGGUGGGGGUAACUGGGGAAGUGGAGGCCCUACAGGAGGAGCUGGUGUCCUCAGGGGUAUGUCUGGCCCAGGAGGCCAAAGCCUCCCCUAAGUUGAUCCAGCCGGACGUCCUGCAGCUCCACCAUGAGCUUGAGGAGGGGGAGGAGCUGGCUGUGGGGCGGGCCCUCCCCUCGAGGAACAAACGCACCACCUCUUCCUCUCCCUGCGCCUCCCUGUGGGACGACUGUGGCCUGGCCUUCGGACAAGAUGCCAAAAUGGCUUCCGGAGCUUCCGUACUCCCGAAUAAGGACUUCCUCCCUGCCAGCGCUGUGUCUAUAGUCUCGCUCUCUUCCUCCAACACAGACAUUCCAUUCGCUGACUCACUUAGCUCACUUCCUGAAAGAUUAGAAGCCAUUUUGAACCCACAGGUACACCCUGACAGUUUGGUUCUUAACCCAGAUGGGACGAUAGCUGGCUCCAACCGCGGUCAGGAUGGGACAGGGGCCAGCUCUGGGGCAGAGAGUGCACUAGGCGUUGAGUCCCAGUUCCAGGCCAGUAAGGCUGGUGUGUUUGGUGUGGAGGACAUGGUAGAGUCAGAUAAGGAUGUGUCUCGGCUGUUUGCAGAGCUUGACCAGUUGUCUGCUUUAGCGUCCCAGGCCAGGAUUCCAGAGGAGUUUGUGAGGUGCUGGGCGGUGGACAUGGUCUCUGCCUUGGACUCACUCCACCAGGAGGGCAUCGUCUGUAAGGACCUCAACCCCAACAACAUCCUCAUCAACAGCAAAGGCCAUGUUGAGCUGACGUAUUUCUGCAGCUGGAGUGACGUGGAGGACUCCUACGACAGGGAGGCCAUCACCAACAUGUACAGUGCACCAGAGGUGGGCGGUAUCAGCGAGGAGACGGCAGCGUGUGAUUGGUGGAGUUUGGGAGCCAUCUUGUUUGAGCUGCUCAUAGGCAAGUCUCUGCUGCAGUGCCACCCAGCUGGUAUCAGUCGCCACACGGCCCUCAACGUCCCUGAGUUUGUAUCUGAGGAGGCCAUGUCGCUACUGGUGGAGCUUCUCCAGUUCAACCCCAUAGAGAGGCUGGGGGCGGGGGUGGCAGGAGCAGAGGACAUCAAAUCACAUCCCUUCUUUGGCCGAGUGGACUGGCCCAAAUAAGCCCAGUGCAUUGUGGGACGGUGGAGGCCAGAAAUGAAUGCUGUGGGCGGAUCGAGCUGCUGACAGGGUGGGCACAAACACACGCACACAGACACAGAGACCCAGACGUGGCCAGUGUCAACAAGUGAACUCUUGUUGGGGAGUUGGACAUAUCGUCUACACACCUACCUUGUACAUGUUACUCUCACUGACGUUCUCUUUAUCCUCACGUUGAGCAGCUUAGACUGUUGAGACAUGAUGCAUGUGGUGCAAUAAACUAACUAGUCCUUUUAUGGAAGGGUGGUUCACAAAGUCAAUUAAACUUUGUCUUAUUUCAACAAGACAACCAACGGUCUUCUGACAUUUCACAGUCCAUAUACAUUCCCCUGUAUUAAUAGGUUGCGUACUGUUUUCUCCGACCUAAAAUUGUAGAUGCCCUCCUCUUGGCCGCAGAGCCAAAAUGUUGCUGUUUCAAAGCUUAAUAUCCUGCAGUUCUACACUUUGCUUUGGGGUGGACUGAAAAUGUUACUGUUUUAAAGCUAAUAUCCUGCAGUUCUACACUUUGCCUUGGGGCGGACUGAAAAUGUUACUGUUUUAAAGCUAAUGUCCUGCAGUUCUACACUUUGCUUUGGGGCGGACUGAAAAUGUUACUGUUUUAAAGCUAAUAUCCUGCAGUUCUACACUUUGCCUUGGGGCGGACUGAAAAUGUUACUGUUUUAAAGCUAAUAUCCUGCAGUUCUACACUUUGCCUUGGGGCGGACUGAAAAUGUUACUGUUUUAAAGCUAAUUUCCUGCAAUUCUACACUUUUACUACAAUUCUACACAUAAUUAAACACAUUUUGCUGUGGGGCGGUGAGAACAUUUUUUGACUUUUAAAGCUAGUUUCCUGCAAUUCUACACAUUUUGUCAUAACAUAAGAACACGGCAUAAGCCAUUUGAGUGACUCAAACAUAACAUCUAUGGGGCCCCAUGUUGUUUUUUGACUUUUAAUUUCUCCCGGACUGUCUAGUUUUUGUUUUGGUGAUUGUUAGUUCUCAAAGAUGAUAUUAUUUUAAAACAUAUAGCUCUUAGCUUUUCUACCUACUUUUAUAUCUGGUUUUAGUCGUUUCCGUUGACACUGAAAACAUUUUAUCCUGAAAGUUAUUUGAAUUUUUGCAUAUUAAAAAAACUACAUAUUUUUGUGUGUUGACAACGAUUGGCCACUGCUAAAUUAAUAUAGGGGAAACACUGGCAUUGUACUCGGGAGAUGCAUUGUAUAACAGUUGCCAUGGUUGAACAAUGGUUGAAUGAAGGGUGAAUAUUGGUUGGAUUAUGGUUGAGUAAUGUUUUUGUAGGGUUGUCUGAAUGGUAUAGUCGAAGGUGCGUGUUUUUUUUACCCAGAGAAACCCACUGUACUGUACAUCAGUGUUUUUCUGUGCAUUUGAUAAUAUAUUAUAUAUCAUAUUUAAUGAAAAGACAACUAUUAUAGAUUCAAUAAUUGAUGUUCAUGCAUUGAUCUCGUCAUGUCCAUUGUCAUGUAGCCUAAAACUCCCCAUCUGUGUGUUGUCAAGGUAACUUGUAAUGUCAUUUAUAUUCAUCUGUCUCACACCCAAUCCUAAUUCUCAUUGGUGUCCACUUCUACUCUGACCAAUACCUACUACUUUCAAUCACUCACUUCUUCUACACAAAUGUUUUUCCAAUGAAUGUAGAGCUCCCAUCGGAUGACCUGACAGACUCCGCCUAUUACAAGUCCCACUGUAUGCUGCCUACCUUGUUAAAAUGGCAGAACACUGUCAUCCCCAAUGUAACUCCUGCGCAUCACAUACUGCCUCCUGCGCAUCCCAUCGCAUACUGCCUGUAACUAACCACAGAUCUAGGAUCAGCUUACACUAACCUAAUAUAACCAUAAACUACUCAGAGGAAAAACUGAUUAUAGACCAGUACUUGGGGACACCUUGAUGAUUUGAAAAUCCCUAUUCAAACCUGAUUGAUUCCUCUAUUUUGUUCUGGCUCUCUGGUUAAUUGAUUGACUAACGACAUGGCAUGGACCUAGCAGUUAGCCGUACACUUAGUCACUAUCCAUGUCCUACAUUCUCUGAGAUGCCAAACACUACCAGUGAGAGAUGUAUGUGUGCCUGCAAUAGUUGGUUUUCUAUGUUUCUUACUGUGUCUAGCUAUUCUCACUUACACAUGUUUUAUGUAUUAGUCUGUCCUCUCUGGAAUACAACUUAAUAAACACACAUCUGGAUCAUC